AUGGCCUCCCUCACACCGUCCCAACCCGCCCUCAGGUGGUCGCAUUCUGCGGACGAGAUCCUCUCUUUGACCAAGCAGGCCAUCACCAAGCACGGCGAAGGGCUCGACAAGAUUGCUGCACUCCCUAAGAAGGACUGCAAUUUUGAUUCACUUGCUCUCGCCGAAGCAGACACCGAACUUAGCCUCGUUACCGAGCCUUUAUCCUUCUAUCAGAAUGUCUCUACGUCGAAGGAGUUGCGGGACGCCUCCAAUGCCGCCGAGGUGCUCGUCCGCGAUUAUGACGUCGAGGCAUCGAUGCGCCUCGACGUCUUCGAGGUGAUGGUUGCCGCGGAAGAAAACAUCAAGCAGAGCAGUGCGGCGCUCGGCUCCGAAGAGCAGCGGCUCAUGGAACGCAGCCUCCUGGACGGCAAGCGGGCAGGCCUGGCGCUACCGGAGAAGGAGCGGGGGGAGUUGACGAAGCUAAAGAAGGAGCUGUCACAGGCGUCGCUUGAGUUCAGCAAAAACUUCAACGAGGAGAACAGUACCAUCAGCUUCACCCUGGAGGAACUGAGGGGCGUCCCGGCGGACGUGAUCUCUGGGUAUACAAAGCGUACGGAGGGUGAGAAAGAGCUAUACGAUGUGACCAUGAAGUUGCCAGACAUCCUCCCCAUCUUCAAAAAUGCCCAAAAUCCGGACACCCGGCGGGCUGCCGAUGCUGCGUAUGACGCGCGGCUGGAGAUCAAUGCGCCGAUCCUCGACAAGAUUAUUGCACUGCGCUGGAAGAUCGCUGACCUCCUCGGCUACCCGACUUGGGCGGAUUACAUCACCGAGGUGAAGAUGGCGAAGGACGCAAAGACUGUGACCGGCUUCCUGGAUGAUCUGCACAAGAAACUCGAUCCCGUCGGUGCGAAAGACCGCGCAGCGCUGCUGGCGCUCAAAAAAGUGGAGUGUGCCGAGCUCGGGAUCCCGUUCGACGGCCAGCUGAAUCAGUGGGACGUGCGGUACUAUGACCGACUUUUUGUUGAACGCACACUCGAGCUCGACGAGCAGAAAGUCAAGGAGUACUUUCCCGUGAGCGUCGUCGUGCCCGCGAUCCUGGAGAUAUACCAGAACCUGCUCGGCGUGCGCUUCGUAGAGGUGAAGGGCGAGACGUGGCAUCCAGAUGUGCAGAUGUUUGCGGUGUGGGAGAACGGCGCGACGGAUGAGUCGGGCUUUGUAGGCUACUGCUACCUUGACCUGUUCCCUCGAGAGUCGAAGUACUCCCAUGCUGCUGUCUGGCCGCUCCUCCAGGGUUUCACGCGCUCGGACGGCACACGGCACUACCCGCUCGCGGCGAUGGUCGCGAAUCUCGCGAAGCCGACUCCCACCACGCCGGCGCUGAUGCAGCAUCAGGACGUCGUUACGUUCUUCCAUGAGAUGGGGCAUGUCUUCCAUGGACUGUUGAGCAAGACGCGCUUCGCGCGCUUCCAUGGCACGGCGGUCGCACGGGACUUUGUCGAGGCGCCGUCGCAGAUGUUGGAGAAUUGGUGCUUUGAGCCGGCGGUGCUGGAGCGAAUGUCGAGCCACUACGAGACAAAGAAACCGCUUUCGCGCGAACUUGCUGAUAAGAUCAACAAAAGUCGUUAUGUCAACGUCGGGAUGUUUUACUUACGGCAGGUGUUCUUCGCGAAGUUCGACAUCAAGGUGCAUACAGAACGCGAACAAACCGACUACACAGCGCUGUGGAAUGAUCUUCGCAGGUCAAUCACGCAGGUCAACCCUGGACGGCGCGCGGCCGGCCAAGGCUCGUUUGGUCAUAUCGCGGGCGGAUACGACGCAGGCUACUACGGGUACAUGUACUCGCUUGUGUUUGCGGCGGAUAUGUAUGCGACCGUGUUCAAGGCGGACCCGCUAGACCCGGCGCGCGGCGCGAGAUACAGCAAGUCCAUCCUACAACCUGGCGGGAGCAGGGAUGAAUCUCUGUCUCUCGAGGAAUUCUUGGGUCGCCCACCCAAUGCGGAUGCCUUUGUGCGAGAAAUCUUUGGCGAGACGGGAAGCGCCAAUCUCUAGUGCCCACGUUCUCAAUGUUUCUAAGCCUCAGAAUGGACACGAUGGACUCCGUCGCAAGUGUAUCAUAUAUAUUAGACAGCUACCAUGUUGCUCACCGCUCUUCUGAGCCUUCUGCAUGCAGCAGGAAAAAUGAUAUCGAUGUUGGAAUCUACAAAACAAUCUGUACAAGAGUGGCAAUGGAAUGUAAAGAGUUGAAUGUGCCCACACUCAAGCCUUCUGCAUCACAGGUUUGAGAGAUAGAGUCAUGUUUGGCCUUAGCUGGGCUACCUGGGCUAUAAAUGAGAAGUUUGAGUUUAUAUAGUUC